AUGCUAAGUCUUUUGCAGGAUGGGACAACCAAAUCAGCUGAAACAGAAAGUACUGGUGAAAGAUAUAAUAAACUGAGCAGCAGUUGUGAUUUGGUUCUGCAUAACACGGAUGAAAAAGGAGAGCAAUCUGAAAACAACAACUUAUCUGAAAUGAUCACUGGUAAAAGGGAAAAGAUUUUCGAGGAUGGGACAACAAAUCAGCUGAAACAGAAAGUACUGGUGAAAAGAUAUAAUAAACUGAGCAGCAGUUGUGAUUUGGUUCUGCAUAAACAGGAUGAAAAAGGAGAGCAAUCUGAAAACAACAAGCUAUCUGAAAUUGAGCAACUGGUAAAAGGGAAAAGAUUUUCGAGAGACGAGGUUCACCAUUUGAUGGAGAUAAUAAAUUUGAGGGCAAGUGAGCUUCCUAAUGUUGUACAAGGAGAGGAAAACGCUAGCCUAACUGUUAGAAAUGACAACAAAGGAAUUGUUGUGUCACAUGAUGAUCCAAACAUAUCAAAUGAACAAAAACACGAAGACUUGACUGGAGCUUUAUGGGGAAGCUCAACACGUCUUGAUCGGUCAAAGGUCCAAGAUGAUAUUGGUGCCUCACCAGUUGAGAUUGCAAAGGCUUAUAUGGGUUCCCGUGCAUUUGAAGUAGGCCCCAGUUCUAAGAGCACAGUCCACACUGUUGAAAGCGGCAUGCUACAUGGUAAUGAAGCUGCUAUAAAGCCAUAUGUUCCAUCACUUUCACCAAAGACGUCAGCAUGUUGGCCAGGUGUCAUGGUGCAAGAUUCUUACACAACACCAUUAAGCCAAAGUAGGGGAUAUGGCCUUCAUAACUUCCCCAGAACGCCUUAUUCUAGAACAAUUUUAUCAAAUCCAAGUCCAGGUCAAUUCAAAUGCAAGGCAAUAACAGUCAUAUGUCAUCAACUCCCCUCCAUCAAUCACAGACUACUUUGUAUCUGCAGAGCCGGUCAUCCUUGGCCAUGGCACACCAUUCAUUCCAAGAAUAUGAGGAUGACCACUAGCUGUGGCUUCGUCAGCAGGGGAGUGUGA